AUGUCAGAAUCCACAUCAUUGUGCUCUGAGCACAAAUUUCCUGAGCCCAUCAUACGCCUGGAUGGGAUCAUCAUCCGGUCGCACAGCGAAAAGGAUGCGGAAUCCAUGGCCAAGUACGCCAACAACUCCAAGAUCGCCAUGUGGAUGAGAAAUACCUUCCCACACCCGUAUACCAUUGAAUCUUCUCAGAGCUGGAUUAGUAGUCAAACCCCCACUUCGACUGACUACGUGAUUUGCCGGGCCGAAGACAACGUAGUGAUUGGCUCCAUCGGACUCAAACCGCGGACCGAUGUCGAAUACCGGACUAUGGAGAUUGGAUACUGGCUAGGGGAAGAGUUUUGGGGUCAGGGAAUCGUGACUGGGGUUGUAGCCGCAUUUACCAAGUGGACAUUCGAAACCUUUGAUCACAUCUUGAGAAUUCAGGCGGAAGUUUUUGAGGGAAAUGAACCGAGUGGCCGUGUGCUCCAGAAGGCGGGGUACGCGUUCGAAGGAAGGAGGAGAAGAGCGGUGGAAAAGGCAGGCGUGGUGAAAGAUGUAUUGAUCUAUUGCCGCUUUAGGGACGACAUCUAA